UGGCAGCGUAAACUGACAAAGGAAGAGAAAUCUAAGCGAAAGUUUGGCCACGACACAGCAGAAUAUGAAAAGAUCGCGACUAAGGUCAUGGCCGACCGCUUUAUCUCCAGCGCACUGGAAGGUCUGCAAGAAAGAUGGAAGAUGUUGACAUUGAUGCAUGCAGACUGUCUGGAUAUGUUAGCCCAGUGGGAGAGCAGACGACAAGAACGGUUAAAGGCUGACAGAACCAAGAGGAAUAAUGAUGCUGUUAAAGUCCUUGUACUUAUUUCUGUUGUGGCAUUUACGAUCGGAUGGCUUAUCAAGUGCUGUGUGUGGUGAUGCCAUUAGUAUUAGUUUAAAUAAAUAAUAACAAAACUC